GCUCUCGGCCCCCUCUCGGCCGGCGCUGCCGGCUUCCCCGGCACCAGUUCCUCUUGGACUGGGAAAGAAAAAGGCGGGAAAGGGACGCCGAGCUAACGGGGCGGCUGCUGCUGGUGCGGCGUCCGCGGUGGCGUCGCCUCGCUCCCUCGUCAGUCUUCCUUCGGAGGAAGGUACGAGGCUCGGCCUUCGGUCCUCCUCCUCGGGGGCAGUUCAGCAUGGGCGGCCAGUGUUGCUGCUUAUCCGCGGAAGAGAAGGCGAACCUGCGCAUCAACUUGGAGAUUGAGCGGAGGCUGCGGCUGGACAAGCGCGACUCCCGCAAGGAACUCAAGCUCUUGCUGCUGGGUACAGGAGAAAGCGGAAAGAGCACCUUUAUUAAACAGAUGAGGAUUAUUCAUGGAUCAGGCUAUACAGAAGAAGACCGGAAAGGCUUCACAAGGUUGAUUUAUCAAAACAUCUAUUCUGCCAUGCAAGCUAUGAUCAGAGCCAUGGAUAGUUUACAAAUACCAUACUCAUCUGAGCAGAGCAAGGAGGAUGGUCAGAUGAUUGAAAAAGUGGAUAUAGACAGAUUAACAGCCUUGGAAGGAAAACACGUGGAAGCAAUUAAAAGAUUGUGGGAAGACUCAGGAAUCCAAGAAUGCUACAAGAGGCGGAGAGAAUAUGAGUUGUCAGACUCUGCUAAAUAUUACCUAUCGUGUUUAGACCGCAUUGCUGCGCCAUCAUUUGUGCCAACUGAACAAGAUAUUCUCAGAGUGAGAGUACCAACCACCGGAAUAAUUGAAUAUCCCUUUGAACUACAAGAUAUCAUUUUUAGGAUGGUAGAUGUUGGCGGCCAGAGAUCAGAAAGAAGGAAGUGGAUUCAUUGCUUUGAAAAUGUUACCUCUCUAAUAUUCUUAGUUGCCCUGAGUGAAUAUGACCAAGUCUUGACAGAAUCUGAUAAUGAGAACCGUUUGGUAGAAAGCAAAGCCUUAUUUAAAACAAUCAUCACAUAUCCUUGGUUUCUGAACUCAUCAAUCAUUUUAUUCUUAAAUAAGAAAGAUCUCUUGGAAGAGAAGAUUAUGUAUUCACAUUUAACUACCUAUUUUCCAGAGUUCACAGGACCUAAGCAAGAUGUCAAAGCUGCCCAAGAGUUCAUUCUGAAGUUAUAUCAGGAUCAGAACCCAGACAAAAAGAAGGCGAUCUAUUCUCAUUUUACAUGUGCCACGGACACAGAGAAUAUUCGAUUUGUCUUUGCUGCUGUCAGAGACACCGUCCUGCAGUCAAAUCUCCAGGAAUUCAACCUGGCAUAAAAGGAACCCCAUCACUCUUAUCUACUUAGUUACAUUCACUGACCAAGAUGCCUUCUGUGUGACACUAACAAGAUAGCUCUCUGUGAAUAUGUUUUGUAUCCCUGCUGAUCAUUAAAUCCUGCAUUGCAAUGCAUAUCCUGCAUAGUAGUGCAUAUUCACAAAUAGGAGUGUAAGCCAUAAAUUUUUAGUUUUUAAAUCAUACACUUUGGAUACCAGUGCUUAUAUUCAAUUCUCAUUUAAAAUUAUGUGAAAUCUCUUGCCCUAGCCAAUUUUUAAAAUGCCUUACUGUGACAGUGUCAGGUUAGCAGCAUUGUCAAAAGGAUCAUAUUUUGGGACUGAACUAAAACCAAGGUUUAUUAAAUCUAAUGAUUUACAUUUUAUGACUUUCUUCCAACGGCACUGGCUAAAACAGCUUUCUUUGAUUUGAAAGUGGCCAGUGUUCAGUUUGUGUGUAAGUUUAAUACCUUUAUGUCAGCUGCAGAAGGAAGUUUACAUAUUAAGUAUUUCACUUUUAGUUCAUGAAACAAAUACCCACCUACUGUUCCUGCAACCUGCAAAAGGUAGGUGAUACUGUGAUCAGAGAAAGGAGGAUGUUGGGUUUUUUCUUUCCCGCGAGACUGCUUUCUUUGGCUUUCUUGGCUUUGCUGUGAAACAGAAAACAAGUCUCUGCAAAAAGCUGAAGGACCGGUGCUGUAGAUCUUCUUGCCAAAAUGCAGAGGUGAUGUAUUUGUUCAUUUGUCAUUUUAUUCUCACUCCCUUUGUUUUCUGUUUAAUCGCAUUAAACUAUUAGUCUAAUAUAGAUAUGUUCUAACCACAAAAUGGCUGAGCUCCUGUUUGUAUUAAGUUCCACAGUGUAAUGAUGAUGCCAUAAUCAGCCAGGGCAGUUUUUUGAAAAUUAAGCAUCUUUCUUGUCAUGAAGCCCUUGUGAAUCCAGAGUCAUCCCUUUCAUCGUGUGGAACCCAUAGGGCAGAGGGACAGGAGGGGAAAACCUUUAGUAACAUAAAAUUACCACUGCUGGGAUGACUUUAGUGGUGGUUAUGAUUUUCAGUAGACUCAUAGAAUCAUGAAG